AGGAAUCUCGAGCACAUGCUCGCAAACUCUACCCCUAGACUUAGAAAUCUCUUGGAACCCCUAUACUUCUAACCGUAUAUCUAAAGCUCAUCUCGCAUUUCAACCCAAAGGAAGUCUACACAUCCUCAGAGCUUUAAAUGUAAUCCUACGCACCUAUCGGCUGAAGUUAGCUCGGCUUCGACUUACUUACCUUUAUAUCUAUACGUGUUCUAGUAGACUAGGAAAUCCGGCAAGAUGACGAAUCCCACAACCGCGAUAGCUAUCAAGAAUAACACGGGCUCGUCCCAGGCGUACGCCUAUAUCACCGGCCUAGACCUGAACAAUAACAACGCCCCGCUGUUCAUCCAAGCCGACGGCACAACCGUGUACCGGCCGUCAUCCCCGUCCGCACCCCAGUCAGCCCUCGAAGCCGAUGUCUCUAUCCCGCUCGGCGAGCCCGGCGCCUCGACAUCCGUCACGAUACCCCAAAUCGCCGGCGGUCGCAUCUGGUUCAGCACAGGUUCCAAACUGACGUUCCUACUGAACCCAGGCCCCGCCGUCGUCGAGCCUAGCGUGACCAACUCCGCGGACCCCAACUACAACAUCGCAUGGGGCUUCUGCGAGUUCACGUACAACUCGGCGCAGCUGUUCGUUAACAUCAGCUACGUGGACUUCGUAGGCCCGCUGCCCAUCGCCCUCGAGCUGCGCAACACCGCCGGCGACGUCCAGACCGUCCAGGGCCUGCCUGCGGGCGGUCUGGACACUGUUGCCGACAAGCUGACGCAGCAGAACGCGGCAGACGGCGCCGGCUGGGAUAAGUUGAUCGUGAAGGGGCCCGACGGCAAGACGCUGCGCGCGCUGAGCCCGAAUAGCGGCCGCGUGGCGGACGCGAACCUGUUCCAGGGGUACUACGACGACUACGUCAACCAAGUCUGGAGCAAGUACGCAUCUACCGACCUGACGAUCAACACGCAGGCUUCGUGGGGGACCGUCACGGGGCGAGUGCAAGGCGACCUGCUGACGUUCGCGGACGUGGGCACUUUUGCGAAGCCCAGCGCCGGCGAUAUAUUCAGCUGCUCGACGGGGCCGUUCGGCAGCUACCCCGAGGCGACGAGCGACGAGAUGGGGGCGCUGGGCGCGAGGAUCGCCGCGGCGCUGAACCGCUCUACGCUGCUGGACGAUGCGCAGCAGCCGGAUGGAGAGAAGAUUGAUAAUUAUUAUAAGACUAGCCCGACGAACCAUUAUGCGCGUAUCACCCACGAAGUCAACCUCGACGGCCGCGGCUACGCCUUCCCCUACGACGACGUGGUGCCCUCGGGCGCCGCGGGCCCAGACCAGGCAGGCACCGUCUUCGACGCCAACCCGGAGCUGCUAACGGUGACGGUCGGCGGGCCGGCCUCGGGCUCCAACGGCCCGUCGAACGGAGGGGGCAAGAAGAAGGAGAAGGACGGCGGGGAUAAGACUAAGACCCCGACGACCCCGACUACGCCUGCUUGGCUGAGUAAACUGAAGAGUUGGCUUAGCGCGCUGAAGAAGGCGCUGCAUAUCAAGUAGGAGAGGAGAGGAGAGGAGAGUCCGAUUGUUCUGCAUUAUAUUAUACCCAACUAUUGGCUUUGGCUUCGCACACUCGCUGAGAAUAUAUUUUUUUUCGGCUUCUCGGGCUCGCCCCGGCGUUGGGAGGGGAAGGCAUUUGUUUGUCUGCAUGAGAAUUUGAAUUUGAAUUUGAAUCCAGGUUCUAGGAUCGCUCGUUUUCUUCCCUUCGUCUUUCGUUUACCCCAUGGGCUUAGUAUUUCUUGCAUAUUACCAUUCUGAGGCUGCAUUGCUUUUUGGUCCCCUUAUACCCAGCUAUAUUACCUGCUUUCUUGACUGCCCUAGUUUAGAUACGGGCAAAGGGGGGGCUAUCUAGUUGGUGUUGUUAGUUUGUUUUUCUUCGAGGCUGGGGUCGAGUGAUCCUUAAUUGUUGCCGUUUGCUGUAUAUAGUUCCCUCUUCGUCAUUGGCCGCUGUGUAUAUAGUCUACCUAACUCUUAGAGUUAAUUUGUCAUAUGUAUAUUGUAG